UUCACGACAUUUGACAAAAGGCUACUAAGUUUGAUGUUCGUUUUCAUUAUUUAUCUUAAAUAAUAGUAACAUUUCAAAAAUAUUGCAAUAAAGUGAUAGUGCAAUUAAUUGUAUUUUUUAAGUAUACUUCGUUAAAGCAUGAUGUGUAAUAAAAAUGCUAAUAAAUCUUGAUUAAUUUUGUGAUACUUCUCAGCGUCACCGCAAACGAUAUCGUUAAUAUUUCAAUAUGGCCGCUCUAUUGUAUGUCUUUAAUUAUUUUGUUUACAGUGGAUUCCGACUUUGUAAUUCAUGGACUAUUUGUGACUAUCAAUCUGACCUCAAGCACUUAAAAAGUUCAAACAGUGAUGCGUUUUUCUGCCUAUGAAUGUAAUAGAAAUAAAUAAGGAAAAUAAAUUAUUAUGAAAAUUGUGCAGUGCGGUGUAGUGAUUGUUUACGAUUUGUAUAUCGGAAAGACCAAAUGUAUUAAUCGCGAUGUCACAACAUGAGCGAUUGUGAUGAGUCUGCAGCGUCUCUCUCACACGGCCCAACACUACGACUCAUGGGUGUGGAACGCGUCGGGAUUCCUGCCGGCGGAGGGGCGGGGGGCGGGGCGGGCGCGGGGGGCGGGGGCGGGGGCGGGGCCGCCGUCAAUGGCGGCGCGGGCCUGCUGGAGCGCAUUGAAGAGCCGCCGCGGAAGAGACCAAAGAUAUCCAGUGAAGAAGUGCACGCGCUACGCAAACAUAUACUUGAAUGCGAGGCCUUGCGUCAGAGAUCCAUACGCGAAAGGAUAACAGAACACCUGAGCGAGCUGUACUUUCUUCAGGCGGGUGGCAACAUGAUGGAUUACCUAGCGUGGCGCAAGCGGCCGCCCGCGCCGCAGCUGCUCGCCUUCCUGGACGCGCGCCGCCCCGCGCCCGCGCCCCCGCCCGCGCCCCCCGCGCCCCCCGCCCACGCUCCCGCCGCCCCCGACCCCGCCCCCGCCGCCCCCGCCACCGCGCCCGCGCCCCCCUCCGCUGCCGCCGCCGCCGCCGACGAGAUGGUGGAGAAGGCCAAGCAGGAGGCGUACGUGGCGUCGCGCGUGGCCGAGCUGACGCGCGCCGGGCUCUGGACCGAGCGCCGCCUGCCGCGGGUCAUGGAGCCGCCGCGCCCCAAGACGCACUGGGACUACCUCCUAGAGGAGAUGGCCUGGCUCGCUCAGGACUUCGCCCACGAACGGAAGUGGAAGAAGCAGGCUGCGAAGAAGUGUGCCCGCGCCGUCCAAAAAUAUUUCCAAGACAAGGCGACGGCGGCCCAGAAGGCGGAGAAAGCUCAGGAGUUGCAGUUGAGGAAGAUCGCGGCCUUCGCUGCAAAAGAAAUUAGAACGUUUUGGUCCAACGUCGAAAAGCUGGUGGAGUGGAAGCGCGUGCGGCGCGUGGAGCGCGCGCGCAAGGAGGCGCUGGACGAGCAGCUGAGCUACAUCGUGGACCGCACCGAGCGCUACUCCCGGCAGCUGGCCGCCAACCUGCGCCGCCCGCAGCCCGACACGCCGCCCUCCGACGACGAGUUCGAGCCGCGCGGCGCCUCCGACGACGACGAGGAGACCAUCGCCGCCGCCGAGCGCGAGGCCGGGCUCGACGCCGCCGACCACCGCGCCGAGCUGGACGCGCUGCAGCGGGAGUCUCACCUCGACCUCGGGGACCUGCUGCCGCCCGGCUACCUGCCCGCGCACUCCCCGCCGCCCUCCGACGCCGACCGCUCCUCGCCCGGCUCGCUCGGCGGCGACGCCGACGGGGACGCGGACGGGGACGCCGACGAGGACGCCUCCGACGACAGCGACGACGACGCCGACGACGACGACGGCGCCGCCGACGAGCCCGCGCUGGACGCGCUGGUGGCGGCGGACGCGGGGGGCGAGGCGGGCGGCGAGGCGGGGGGCGCGGGCGGCGAGCGGCGCGUGGAGGCGGCGGCGUCGCUGGCGGCGUCGCUGCAGCCCACGGGCACCACGCUGUCGUCGACGGCCGUGGGCACGCCCGUGCCGCGCCUGCUGCGCCACACGCUGCGCGAGUACCAGCACGUGGGGCUGCACUGGCUGGCCACCAUGCACGCGCGCGGCCUCAACGGCAUCCUCGCCGACGAGAUGGGCCUCGGGAAGACCAUCCAGACCAUCGCGCUGCUGGCGCACCUGGCGCUCGAGCGGCACGACUGGGGCCCGCACCUGGUGGUGGCGCCCACCUCCGUCGUGCUCAACUGGGAGAUGGAGUUCAAGAAGUGGUGCCCCGCCUUCAAGCUGCUCACCUACUACGGCACCAUAAAGGAGCGCAAGCUCAAGCGUGUCGGCUGGACUAAAGUGAACUCGUUUCACGUGUGCAUAACUUCAUACAAACUCGUAGUGCAGGACCAUCAAAGUUUUCGUAGGAAACGAUGGAAAUAUCUCAUACUCGAUGAAGCUCAGAAUAUCAAAAACUUUAAAUCACAAAGGUGGCAGAUGUUGUUAAAUUUCCAAACAGAGAGGCGGCUGCUGCUGACGGGCACGCCGCUGCAGAACAGCCUGCUGGAGCUGUGGUCGCUGAUGCACUUCCUGAUGCCGGACGUGUUCGCGUCGCACUCGGAGUUCCGCGAGUGGUUCGGGUCGGUGGCGGACAUGGCGGAGGGCGCGCGCCACAACGAGGCGCUGGUGCGGCGCCUGCACGAGGUGCUGCGGCCCUUCCUGCUGCGGCGGCUCAAGGCGCACGUCGAGCGCCAGAUGCCGCGCAAGUACGACCACGUGCUGCUCUGCAGGCUCGCGCGCCGCCAGCGCUGCCUCUACGACGACUUCAUGGCGCGCGCCAAGACCAAGGAGAGCCUCGCGUCCGGCAACCUGCUGAGCGUGAUCAACGUGCUGAUGCAGCUGCGCAAGGUGUGCAACCACCCGGACCUGUUCGAGCCGCGGCCGGUGUCGUCGCCGCUGCAGCUGGCGCCGCUCGCGUACCGCGUGCCCGCGCUGGCGCUGCUCGCGGGCGUGGCCGGCCGCGCGCGCCGCGCCGCGCGCCUCGGCGGCGACCUCGCCUCGCUCGAGGCCUCCGCCGCCGGCGCCUUCGCCGCGCACCGCGCCCGCCACCUGCGGCCCCCGCGCCGCCUCCUCGAGGACGCCGCCGCCCGCGCCGCCGCCGCGCCGCGCCCCCCGCCCGCCGCGCUGCGCCUGCACCUGCGGCUCGUGCCGCGCGCCGCGCCGCCGCCCGCCGCGCCCGCCGCGCCCGCGCCCGCGCCGCGCCCCGCGCCCGCCGCGCCCGCGCCCGCGCCCGCCGCCGCCCCGCCCGCGCCCCCGCCGCCGCCCGCCUCGCAGGCCGCGCGCCGGCUGGCGGCGCGGCGCCGCGCGGCCCUGCGCCGGCUGGCGGCCGUCAACGAGCGGCGCUGCUGGCGCCUGCCGCUGUACGGCGCCGACCUGCGCGCCGCCGUGCGGGCGCCCACCGAGCCCGUGCCGCCGCCCGACCUGGCGACGCUGCUCGCGCGCCUCCACGACACCAUCGACAGGUUCAGCGUGUGCUGGCGGGCGGCGCGCGCGGCGGGCCCGCGGCUGGAGGCGGGCGCGGGGCGCGGGGCGCGGGCCUGGCGCCGCGCCGCCGCCGCCGCCGACUGCGGCGCCGCCGCCCGCGCCGCCGGGGACCUGCUCGCGCUGCUGCACGCGCCCGCAGAGCGGCAGGCCGUCGCCUUCCCGCACCCGCGCCUCCUGCAGUACGACUGCGGCAAGCUGCAGACUCUGGACGGGCUGCUGCGGCGGUUGCGCGCAGGCGGGCACCGCGUGCUGAUCUUCACGCAGAUGACGCGCGUGCUGGACGUGCUGGAGGCGUUCCUGUCGAUGCACGGGCACACGUACCUGCGGCUGGACGGCAGCACGCGCGUGGACCUGCGCCAGCCGCUCGUGGACCGGUUCAACUCGGACGCGCGCAUCUUCGCGUUCAUCCUGUCGACGCGCAGCGGCGGCGUCGGCCUCAACCUCACCGGCGCCGACUCGGUGGUGUUCUACGACUCGGACUGGAACCCCACCAUGGACGCGCAGGCGCAGGACCGCUGCCACCGCAUCGGGCAGACGCGCGACGUGCACGUGUACCGGCUCGUCACCGCCGCCACCGUCGAGGAGAACAUCCUGCGCAAGGCCGACCAGAAGCGCGCGCUCGGACACCUCGCCAUCGAGGGCGGCCACUUCACCACCUCCUACCUGCGAGCGUCUAAUAUCAAGGAACUAUUUGACGCGGACGCGGAGGCGGAGAGCGGCGGCGGCGGCGGCGACGCGGCCGACGGCGGCGAGCUGGAGACCGCGCUGGCCGCCGCCGAGGACGAGGCGGACGCGGCCGCCGCCGCCGCCGCCCGCACCGAGGCGCAGGGGGACCUCGCGGAGUUCGACGAGACGCUGCCCCUCGACGACGAGCCCGCCCCCGCCCCCACCCCCGCCGACGCCGCCGCGGACAAGGACGCCGGCGACCUCGCCGCGCUCAUGAAGCAGCUCACGCCGAUAGAGAAGUACGCGAUGCGGCUGGUGGAGAGCAGCGACGCGGCCGGCGAGGCGGAGCGCGCCGCGCUCGGAGAGAUGCGGCGGCAGCUGCGCGAGUGGGAGGACGCGCGGCGACAGCUGCGAGACGAGCGGCCAGCGGAGCCCGAGCUGACGUACGCGCGGGACGAGGCGCGCGGCAAGGUGUGGGUGAGCGACACGGGAGACGGCGAGACGAUGCCGAUGUGGUGCCCGCCCACGCCGCCCUCGGGCGACGGCGACGUGUACUGCGAGAGCUGGGCGCGCGCGCUGUACCGGCGCGGCGCCGCCGACGAGGCGCUGCUGCCGGGCGUGUGCCGCCGCGAGCCGCGCGCGCCCCGCUCCCCGCGCCGCCGCCCGCCGCCCCGCGCGCCCCUCGCGCCGCCCUCGCUGUUCGAGCGCGGCGGCGCCCGGCCGCGGCCGCGCGCGCGCCCGCCCGCCGCCGCGCCGCCCGCGCCGCUCGACUGGCCCGCCGCCGACGACGCCGCCCUGCGCCGCGCGCUGCGCCUGCAGCGCCUGCCGCCCGAGCCGCCCGCCGCGCGCGCGCCCAACUGGGACUGGGUCGCGGACGCGCUGGCCGACGUCGCGCGCGCCUACCGCUCGCCGCGCGCCGCGCGCGACCGCCACGACGCGCUCGCCGACCCCGAGCGCGCGCGCCGCAAGCACCGCCGCGCCGCCGCGCGCCGCCGCCACGACGACGACGCGCCGCGCCCGCCCCUCCCGCGCCUCGACGCCCUCCUCCACGCCGCCGAGCGCCGCCGCGACGCGCCCAAGCGCCGCCUCGAGGACCCGCCCCACGCCAACCCCAAGCACGCCGCGCUGCUCGCCGACCACGGCAUCGACUACGACGCGCCGCCCACGCCCAUGGAGGUCGCCUCGCGCCGCGCCGAGCGCAUCGCCAAGGAGAAGCUGAAGGCCGGCGCGCCCCCGCCCGCCGCCUCCGCCGCCGCCGCCGCCGCCCCCGCGCCCCAGCGCAUCGUGGUGGCCACGCAUGCGGCGCCGCUCCCCAAAGCGGACGCGAGCCGCCGGCCGCGCGCGCCCGCCGCCGCCCCCGGCGCCCCCUCCCCCGCCCCCGCGGCCGACAAGCCUCGCCUGGCGGCGCCGGUGGCCGUCGCCACGGUGACCGGCGCGGCGCCGCUCCUCUACCGGCAGCAGCAGGCGCUGGCGACCCGACACCACCUCAAAAUAUUACAUCACGCGAGCGUGCCGCACACUCAGGCCGGCGCGGAAGUAGGCGGCGCGGCGCUACGUGCGCUGCAGCUGCAGCAGCUGCCGCGGCGCGCGCCCCCCGCGCACCCCGCACACCCCGCCACGGCCCCCGCCGCGGCCGCGCGCCCCGCGCACGUGCUCGUGACGCACCUGGCCGCCGCCGCCGCCGCCGCCAUUUUCCUGGCAGAAAACCGUGUUGAUGGGGAUCUAUGGCGCAGGCGGCGGGUGGAGGUGGACGUGCACGAGGCGCAGCGCCGCCACCAGCCGCGUCACAGCGUGCGCGCGCAGGCGCAGGCGGGCGGCGGGUGGAGGUGGACGUGCACGAGGCGCAGCGCCGCCACCAGCCGCGUCACAGCGUGCGCGCGCAGGCGCAGGCGGGCGGCGGGUGGAGGUGGACGUGCACGAGGCGCAGCGCCGCCACCAGCCGCGUCACAGCGUGCGCGCGCAGGCGCAGGCGGGCGGCGGGUGGAGGUGGACGUGCACGAGGCGCAGCGCCGCCACCAGCCGCGUCACAGCGUGCGCGCGCAGGCGCAGGCGGGCGGCGGGUGGAGGUGGACGUGCACGAGGCGCAGCGCCGCCACCAGCCGCGUCACAGCGCGCGCGCAGGCGCAGGCGGGCGGCGGGUGCAGCUCGAGGCGCAGCGCCGCCACCAGCCGCGUCACAGCGUGCGCGCGCAGGCGCAGGCGGGCGGCGGGUGGAGGUGGACGUGCACGAGGCGCAGCGCCGCCACCAGCCGCGUCACAGCGUGCGCGCGCAGGCGCAGGCGGGCGGCGGGUGGAGGUGGACGUGCACGAGGCGCAGCGCCGCCACCAGCCGCGUCACAGCGUGCGCGCGCAGGCGCAGGCGGGCGGCGGGUGGAGGUGGACGUGCACGAGGCGCAGCGCCGCCACCAGCCGCGUCACAGCGUGCGCGCGCAGGCGCAGGCGGGCGGCGGGUGGAGGUGGACGUGCACGAGGCGCAGCGCCGCCACCAGCCGCGUCACAGCGUGCGCGCGCAGGCGCAGGCGGGCGGCGGGUGGAGGUGGACGUGCACGAGGCGCAGCGCCGCCACCAGCCGCGUCACAGCGUGCGCGCGCAGGCGCAGGCGGGCGGCGGGUGGAGGUGGACGUGCACGAGGCGCAGCGCCGCCACCAGCCGCGUCACAGCGUGCGCGCGCAGGCGCAGGCGGGCGGCGGGUGGAGGUGGACGUGCACGAGGCGCAGCGCCGCCACCAGCCGCGUCACAGCGUGCGCGCGCAGGCGCAGGCGGGCGGCGGGUGGAGGUGGACGUGCACGAGGCGCAGCGCCGCCACCAGCCGCGUCACAGCGUGCGCGCGCAGGCGCAGGCGGGCGGCGGGUGGAGGUGGACGUGCACGAGGCGCAGCGCCGCCACCAGCCGCGCCGCGGGCUCCAGUGCGUCGCCCAGCGCCAGCGCGGCCGGACGCAGCGCGCCCCGCGCCGCGCGCACCACGUGGCCCACGAACACCAGCACGGGGCGCACCGCCGCGUUGAACGCCAGCGACAGCGCCGGCUUCACCACGUAG